AUGUCUCACCUGCCGAUGAAACUCCUGCGCAAGAAGAUCGAGAAGCGGAACCUGAAAUUGAGGCAGCGAAACCUCAAACUACAGGGGGCAUCAGGUGUAUGCCUACCAGAAACCCAAAAUGGAAAUCUUCCUGAAGAAACAGUGGGAAGUGGGAAAGAUAAAAAAUCCCUAAAACAGUGUAUGAAUGUGGUUUUGUCUGGAACCCAAAAUGGAGAUGUAUCUAAAGAAGCAUUGGGAAAUGUAAAAAUUAAAAAAUCCCCCAAGAAAUCUGCUAUUUUGGCCAAUGGGGAAGCAAUAACCCAACCUCCUAAUUCAGAACUAAAAAAGAAAAAGAAGAAGAAAAAGAGAAAAAUGGGGGAUGCUGCUGGGCCUGACACAAAAAAAGUAAAAACUGAAGACAAAGAGAAAUCUGAAGAGGGUGAUGUCAAGGCUCCUGCAGAAACAGAAAUGAGAGUGGAGAAGCCAGAUGGUGAGGAAGAUGACAGUGAAGUGCCCAGCCUGCCCAUGGGACUGACAGGAGCAUAUGAGGAUUCUUCAUUUACUUCUCUAAGUAAUCUUGUCAACGAAAACACUCUGAAGGCAAUAAAAGAAAUGGGCUUUACAAACAUGACAGAAAUUCAGCAUAAAAGUAUCCGACCUCUUCUGGAAGGCAGGGAUCUUCUAGCAGCAGCAAAAACAGGCAGUGGUAAAACCCUGGCAUUUCUCAUCCCUGCAGUUGAGCUUAUUGUUAAGCUAAAAUUUAUGCCGAGGAAUGGAACAGGAGUCCUUAUUCUCUCACCUACUCGAGAACUGGCCAUGCAGACUUUUGGUGUGCUUAAGGAGCUCAUGACGCACCACGUGCACACGUAUGGCCUGGUCAUGGGGGGCAGUAACAGGUCUGCAGAAGCACAGAAACUUGCUAAUGGGAUCAACAUCAUUGUGGCCACACCAGGCCGCCUCCUGGACCACAUGCAGAAUACCCCAGGGUUCAUGUAUAAAAAUCUACAGUGUUUGGUUAUUGAUGAGGCUGAUCGAAUCUUGGAUGUUGGAUUUGAAGAAGAAUUAAAGCAAAUCAUUAAACUUCUGCCAGUACGCAGACAGACCAUGCUUUUUUCUGCCACACAAACUCGAAAAGUUGAAGACCUGGCGAGGAUUUCUCUGAAAAAGGAACCCUUGUAUGUUGGUGUUGAUGAUGAUAAAGCCAAUGCAACAGUGGAUGGUCUUGACACCAUACUAGAACUCCAUUUAUUACAAUAUUAGGAACUAGUUCCUUGUGUACAAUUGGUUACAGCACUGUUGUGAUAUCAAGUAAGCAUAUACACAUUUUGGAGGAAACAUCCCUUUGGUGUUUCAUUGCUGUACACUGACUGGGAUAAACACUCUGGCUUUCAGCUCUACCAGAGUGACCUGAGUGGGAAUUAAAAGGACUUGAAGGCCACAUGCAUUGGAAAUAACAGUACUGCAGCUGUGUCAAUGUUAAAGCAAGACUAUGAAGAAGGAGAAAUGACUUUGAAGUCAGCACUUGCUUUAGCUAUCACGGUGGUAAAUAAGACCAUGGAUGUUAGUAACCUUCCUGCUGAAAAACGGAAAUUGCCACCCUAACAAGAGAAUGGAAAGACAGGCAUCAGAGUUCUAGAACAAAAGGAAGUGGAACAGUUCAUCAAAAACCAUGAGGAAGAAGAAGGUAAAGGCGAGCAUGACAAGAAAAGGAUAAAUAAAAGACAAAAUCAGGGAUUUUCUAACAUUGCAGGCACCAUUUCAGUGUAA